UUAAAGAACAGAUUUCGAUUCGUGUAGUCUGCAUGUUACCAUGAAGAUUUAUUUAUGUUUCUAGUUUUGUUGCAGAUUUCGAUUUGUGUAGUCUAUGUUACCAUGAGGAUUAAUUUAUAUUUGUGGUUUUGUUCUAUUUUUUUCAUCCAUUUGAAUAUUACACCUACAAUUGCCUCUCAAAGUGAAGAUGACAUUUUUAAAUUACCAUUUCUCAAAAGAGUAGAAACAUGCUACAAUUUACUUUUAUCUCAGUUACCUUUUGAAAACUCAAAAAAGGAGACUAGCAAUCGAAAUUUUUUGUCACAGCCUUUGGCACGACUUUAUAGUCAAAAAAAAGAACCUUCCAAUGGGUUAACAUCUUAUUUUUUUUCAAAAUCUGAUCCAUCCAAACAAAUGAACGAUAGCUCAUUAUGCACUGCUUUAACAUGGAUUGUUCCAGGGGCGCGUGAAAUAUACGACCUAUAUACAAAAGCAAUAAAAAUAAAGGAUGUCAUAUCAGGUAAAAUGCUUGAAAUUUGGGAUAGCUUAUUGCAGAUUCCUGGUAAAUUAUUAGGAACAGAAGAGAAAAGGUCCCUAAGCACAGAACUCUGGAAAAUUUUUUCACAAAUCUUUGGAUAAACCAUGGAAAAUAAAGGUUGAAGGACAAUCAAAUCAACUUAAAUAUUUAUUGUUGAUAAAUAAAUUUGUUGCAUGAAA